UUACCUGGACAGGGUCAAUGGACGAUCAAGAAGAUCCAUGGCCUAGAAAAGUGACGUUCAUUGCACUUUGAAUGGGUGCUUUUCUAAGGUCUGUCCCAGUGACAGAGCCUAUGUCAUAAUUUGUUGGAGUGGGGGCCUGCGUUCGCGCGGCCCCUUAUUAUUCUAUGUUUGAAAUUUUUAAAAUUCUCUCAUGUUAUUACUGAAUUAUUUGAGUAGUAUCCUGUAAAUUUCAAGGAAUACUUCAUUUACUCUAAAGGGCUACUUGUGUUUAGGGUAAGUUCAGAAUCAAGAAAUGGAUCAUGUUUAGACUACUGUGGCAGCUUUGGGAAUUCUUUUCUUUGCUUCUUAUUGUCUAAUGGAAUAACUUGAUGACAAAGUCUUAUCGCAGAAAAAGAAAUGUCUAUUCGGACAAAUCCCAUGAAAGCAGUGCCUACAUUGUUGAAACUUUUGGUGACUGUAGACAAACAAGCAAAAUUGAAGGAUUUGAAAAAUGAGUUGACCAACAUAAAGGAUUUGUUUUCCAAGGUGAAGAAAAAUGAACAAGAUCUACUUGACAAGUUAACAAAGGUGGAUGGCUAUCUUCGCAACAACGACAUACCUAAGUUGAUGGAAGACGAGGAAACGAUUUGCAAGGAAAUAAAGGAAUCAACUAAAAAGUUGCUGCCAGCUGAUCAAAUCCCACAACCUGAAAAAGCAAAUAAAGAAGCUACUGCAUCACCCCCUUCAACCCAACAAUCUGAGGAGUUGGGAGUGAUUGAGAAAAACUAUGAGAGCCUUGGUGAUACUGAAAUGAAAUGCUUGAAGUCUCUCUUACACUUCCCAGAGAAUUCUGUCAUGAAGAGAAGGAAUAUAAUCCUUUGGUGGGUUGGAGUGGGUUUAGUUGAAAUGGAAGCAGCAAAGGAAAAUGGUGAGUAUGUGUUUGGAAAGCUUAUGGAUCAUAAAUUAAUUGUACCAGAUAAGUAUGACUGUGUGAAUAAAUUAUUUAAAGUUAAUCCUUUGGUUUAUGGUAUUCAUGAAUCAAGGAAGAAAGCAAAUGAUGAAAAAAAGCCUUUUCAAACUUACUCAGAAAUAGUUACCUCGUCUCAUCAUAGUGAUUCUCCUGCAUGUUUAGCACUUAACAAACUAAAAGUUGAACUUAGUGAUGCGUUUGGUUCUAAAUCUAACCAUUUCAGAGGUAUUUUUAAUACUGGUGCAAGUUAUCUUAUAUUUGGAUCCCAAAGGAUGGCCAAAAUGAAGAAGUUGCAGGUGCUUCAACUUGGUCGUUGGCUGCACGCUUCGCCAAAACAUCAUAUUGAAGUGAACAGCGAAGAAUUCUUAAAGGAGUUAAGGGAUCAAGAGAAAUUGAAAUAUCUUAGCCUUCGUGGAAUAUCAAGAAUAUCUCAGCUGCCAGACUCCAUUUUUCAACUUAAGAGCCUAGAGACUCUCGACCUCAAGGCCUGUCACAAUCUAGAAACAUUACCAGGUGAUAUUGCUUUAUUGAUAAACCUCAAACAUUUGAAUAUGUCUCAAUGCUACUUGUUGGAUAGAAUGCCAAAGGGGAUUGACAGGCUGAAAAAGCUUGAAGUACUAAAGGGAUUUGUGAUUGGUAGUUCUGACAAGACUCCUUGCAAAAUACGAGAUCUUGCAAAUUUGUCAAAACUAAAGCAACUCAGCAUACAUAUAGAAAGUGGGGCUAUUCUCGGAGAUAUAGGGCCUGAAUUGGGACAUUUGUCAGAGCUUGAGAAACUAAAAAUAUCAUGGGGUGUGUUUCACACAAGGUACUCUAAGAUUGAGGUUAAGCUGCCUCAAAAGUUGAAAAAGUUACAUCUUGAAGGCUUUCCUGGACAACAUAUUCCAGAAUGGUUGAAACCUGACAAGAUAACCACAAGUUUGUGUGAGCUAUAUAUUACAGGAGGAAAACUCCAAAGUAUGGAUCUUCAAGGAUAUGCUCAUGUGUCUUGCUCAUUGCAGAUCAUACGGCUCAAGUACUUACAAAAUUUAAAUAUUAACUGAAUCAACUCAUUUGCUGGAUCUGUUACCUGUUGUGCAGUGCAGAGAAUAAAAUAUGCUCUAAAUUAUCAUGAAUUUGAAUAGAGAGCAUUCUGAGUGAAGAAAGGUGAAAGCAUGUAUCUAUGUCGUACUACUAUUUACAGAAUUUUAUGUACAUGUUCUAAAUUCUAUUGUGUCAAGCUAUGUUUUCCAGGCAAGAAUAAAGGUAAGCUGAAAAAUACAAAGAAACAUGCCUUAUAUGACGAUAUCUAUACCUACAUUUGGUUGUAUGUUUACCUACCUCCUAUCCUCAGCUUAUGUAAUUGAUAUUAAAAGAAGAGUGGUGAUAAGUUCAUAACUGAUACAUGAGCACAACUAUUUUUCAUAAACUUCAAUCAACAUCUAUACUCCUUAAUCUGGCUUAGAAUAUUUUUUUUAUGACAGUUUGCAGCAACCAAUUCAGAAUGGAGCAGGUCUAGUUCAAGGUCUUAUUAUAAGAGAACUCAAAUAGUACAGGAUUGUCCUGCUGUUUUGGACAUUCUUCCAUAACUGGUGCGAAAUUAAAGCUGCAAUGUUAAUUCUACUUGCAGUAUAUUAAUGAAACACUGGUUCUUGAAGGCAAAUCCUU